UAUUUUUGACCCGUUACCCAGCAUUUCAAACCCGAAAACAAAACAUAUAAAAUCCCUAUGUUUUUGGAAAUCAACAGGUAGAAAGAAAAAAUAAAAAUGGUGAGAUUUGGAAAAAUACUUCUGAAAGAUGUUGGUAUUAACAAGUCGCUCUUGGAAUUUCUGGUCUGUCCACUUUCUAAGCGACCUUUAAGGCUAUGUGAGAAGACGAAUUCCUUAAUCAGUGAUGCGAUUGGUGUUUCAUAUCCGAUAGUCGACGGGAUCCCUCGUCUUGUACCAACGGAUGGCAAGAUAAUUGAGACUGAUGAUGCAUUAAAUUCUGAUGGCUCUGUUGAUUCAUCUGCUAAAAGAAACUCAUUAUGAAAAAGGUAGUUCUUAACACUAUCCAUUCACAAACAAUGUUUUGAGUUCAUAAGCUGAUGGAAGAUGUUCGAGAGAAUUAUGUCAGUUGAACUUCUUAAUUACGUCAACCUGUUCUUGGUUGCAGUCUUAGCUGUGGCAAUCUGUAUUUCUCUAUGGGGCUUAAUAAGAAGUGUUUCUCCUUGAUUAAUAA